AUGGCUCUUUCGUUUUCGGUGCUGUGGCAAUUAGUAGUUUUUCUAACCGCUGCACAACAUUCGGUUGGAGAAAACUUCGAGUACAUUUUGGAGGACGAAUCAGUGUUUUCGGAAUGUAUGGAUGCACCGCCGGGAUAUGCGAAUAUGAGCGGAUUGUUUGAUAUUUCCACCACCAACUUUGUAAUGGGUCCAGAAGGUGUUCACGUGGACGGAUACCUAACCUCUACGUGGGAUGUACAGCCAACGGAUCGCAUUGAGGGUCGACUAAAAAUCGUUCAUUUCGAGCGUGGCAUUUGGCAACCGACGGUACUCAAUAUGAUGUCCAGAGAUUUUUGCAAAUCUUUUCUGGAUCCGAAGCAGUAUUGGUACAGUAUUUUUCCGGAACAUAUUAGAAACAGGAGCGAGGCUCGAGAAAAAUGUGUCAACCACAAAGGAACUGUUUACUUUAUGGUACCAUAUGUCAUAAAAAUGCACUUCGGGUUUGGGUUUGUCCUUCCUUCUGGACGAAAUCGGAUGGUAUUUACCUUGGUAGCAAUUGAUGAGAACGAUGUUCAGCGACCAAACGGAAUUUGCUUUGAGAUAAGAGGGGAUUUUUUCAAGAUUUAA